AUGUCCGCUCGAACUCCUCCCACACCACUCUUCCUACGACGACAACAACAACAACGAGGUGGUAAUAACAACAGCAGCAGCAGCAAUUUCAACAAUCCUUCAGAAGACUACAACAGUGAGAUAGAUAGUAAUAAUAGUACGAGUAGAAUUAUUAUAAACAAUUCACCCAUUGUAUUGAGGAAUCCCUACGAUGACUAUGCUUCUUCCGAACAUGAUGAAGAGGAGGAUGACCAUUUCGGCGCCACCAUCACCGACCCUACCUUCCCAACAAUCACCAAAAAAUUCUUCACCACCACCACCACUACUAGCACUAACACCACGAAGACUUUGUCGUCAUCAUUAUCAGACGUACAGCCACCACUGCCACCACCAUACGUGUCAGCAACUACCUACAUUGUUCCACCACCGGGUAUGAAAUCAAGUCCAAUUCCUACUACUAGUAGUAGUACUACUGAGAGAGGAGGAAUAGAUACUCCUCAUCACCAUCAUCAUCACACGAGAUCCACAACUUCCGAUCAGAGUAGUAGUAGUAGCAGCAGUAGCUCUCAACAUGGUGCACCAUCUUUCAACUCACAUUUUUCAGACGUUCAUGUUUUGGAUGAAGACGAAGUGGAAUUGAGAAGUGUCGAUGGAGGAGGAGGAUUGAAUCAUCAUUUACGAGAUUUAACCACACAUCGUUCUUCUUCUUCUCAUCAGAAACAUGAUUACUCUCGUUCUACUCCUCUCCACCAUGGUGGUAGUGAUGAAGAUUUUCAAAUGAAUGAUGAAAAUGAUGAGGAGGAGGUACAUUACAUUUCAGGAACCACUCACAGUGGUGGUGUUAUGGUUGGUAUGAACAAUAAUUCAUUCUCCUCUGCCUCCUCUUCAUCGUUUCAUCCUCCCCGUGAUGAUCAACACCACCAUCACCACCACCAUCACUCUUUCAAUAUUUCUUCAUCCACCUCUUUUGAUCAAAUCAAUACUUUAAACAUGUUAAAAAUUAUUGAAAGUGCACAUAAUUUUGAAAACAAAAUGAAUGAAUUGAAACAACAACAAUUGGAUCGACAACAAAAAACAGCAAACAAAUUAUUUGCACAUGGAUUUAAUUUAAAGAAAGCAUUUAGAAAAUAUACUGAUUUUAAGAAUCAGAAAUAUGUUUGGACUUAUUUAUCUGUUUUAGGAAUUGUUGGUGGAAUGGUUGUGUUUUUACAAGAUUUAGUUAUUUCUUAUAUAUUUUUAGGAAGAGAAGAAUUAAUAAGUCAUUUUAAUGGAAUGGAGAACCAUGCUGCCAAGUUCACUGUUCAAUUACUCAUGUGGGUUCUCUAUACAUGUCUCUUUGUGGUUAGUGCCUUGUUCAUCACUGCAUGGGUAGCACCAACGGCUGAAGGAUCAGGUAUUCCACCUGUGAAAGCUAUUUUGACUGGUGUGGAUUCUCUCAAAGAUCCAGUCUCUUUCAAAACACUCUGUGUGAAGGUAUUAUGUCUUCCAAUGGUUCUUGGUGUUGGAAUGAUGGUUGGCAAAGUAGGACCAACCAUUCACAUUGGUGCUGCACUUGCUGAGAAUUUAUUACAACUUUCAGUAUUUUCAGGAAUUCGAAUGAGUAAGACAUUGAGAGCUCAAAUGUUGGCAUGUGGAUGUGCACUUGGUAUUGGUGCUAAUUUUGGUGCUCCAGGUGGUGGUGUCUUGUUUGCUCUUGAAGCCAUUGGAACUUAUUAUUCCGUGAGAACCUAUGUCAAAUCCUUCUUUGUUGCAGUAUUGGCUGCUCUCACUGCUCGUCUCUUACACUCUGCAGUGUCGAAUCAAUUCACUUUUCUACCAAGUGUUUGGAAUAUUAAUUUCACUCUACCAGCCUAUACCAUUCCUGAUUUAUUUUCAUUUAUAUUUUUAGGAGUAUUUUUAGGAUUGAUGGGUGUUGCAUUUGUUCUUUUUAAUGAAUUCAUGUUGAAAAUGAGAGCACGAAUUGGUCAAUUCUAUUUGGGAUGUUUGAAGAGUUUUUGUUUUAAUAGAACAAGUCAACAACCUCACUCUCAACAAUCCUCUCAACAACACAAAUGGUACAUGUAUCCAUUUCAAAAUAUAUUUUUAUGGUCUCUAUUGGUAGUGAUUUUAACUGGUGUGGUGACUUUUCCAAAUUUAUUUGGUAAAUUCAUGUCAUUAACACCUAACAAGACAUUGGAAAUGUUAUUUUAUGGAAAACCAUUAAAUCCAGAGAAUGGUGCGAUUGGAGAUUGGAUUAAGGAAGGAAAAUUGAAUAGUCCUUCAGCAUAUGAUGAUUUAUUUAAGAAUUUGGGAAUUUUCAUGAUCUUUCGAGUGAUCUUGUCCUUUAUUUCAGUCUCAUUACCCAUUCCAGCUGGAAUUUACGUUCCAUUGGUGGUGAUGGGAGCAGGAUUUGGACGACUCUGGGGAGAAUUUAUUCAUUAUCUCUUUCAAAAUGGAUACUAUGGCAAUUCGACACCUCUCACCAUCGUUCCAGGUGGUUAUGCCAUUGUUGGUGCUGUUGCCAUGAGUGCCUCUGCCACACAAGCCUUCUCAACUGUUUUUAUUUUAUUAGAAAUUUCAGGUGUUGCUGUGUAUUUACCAAGUUUAAUGGCAGCCAUGAUUGCAGUCAUCAUUUCAAAGAGACUUUAUGUCUCUAUUUAUGAUAGUAUUAUUAAAUUGAAAGGAUGGCCAGCAGUAUUAGAAAUACAAACAGAUAAUGAUUCGAUUACUGUGAAAGAUAUCAUGUAUUAUGUUGAUCAAUUAGUUAUUUUAGAAGAAAAGACAACAUUGAGAGAAAUUCAAGACAUUUUGGAAUGUGGUAAAGCAUUACCAAAGAGUUUUCCUGUAGUGAAUAAUCGACAAGAUAUGUUCUUAUUAGGAACUAUUUCAUUGAAGAGUUUACAAGAUUUGUAUCGAAUUAAAAAGGAAGGUUUGGAACAGGGUAUGAAUCAGAGUGGUAGUAGUAGUGUUGGUAGUGUUGGUAUGAAUCAGAGUGGUAGUAGUGGUAAUAAUCAAGGUCAUGGUGAUGGUAGUAGUAGUAGUAGUGGUGGUGGUAGUGGUGGUGGUAGUGGAGGUAUGAAUUCACGUGGAGAGAGUAGCUUGACCAUCAAUAAUGGUGAUACCACCAUGGUAGUCCUUUCGUAUCAAGAAGAAGAGAAUACAAGUGAUCAUGGUAGUCGUGGUCGACUGGUUCGAGAACACUCUCUCGAUGGAGAUUGGAUUCCAGCCACUCAUGGAACUGUUGAAAAGUAUAGCACUUCUCAAAGAACACCAUUCAUUCACAAUAACCUCAACAACAACAUGGAACAUGAUCAUUCAUCCUCACAAAGAGAUCAUGAACAAGUAAUGAUUAAUUAUGUGACAUGUCCUGUUGCUAUUAGUGAAGAUACUUCUGCUCUUAUUGCACAUCUUUUAUUUUCUCAAUUGAGAAUUGAUGAUUUGUAUGUGGUUUGGAUGGGACGAUUGAUUGGUGCCAUUCACAAAGAAGUACUCGUGUCAAAAGUAACCACGAAAGAAGAUUGA